GUCAGAAUUAACUCUUAUGUUCAAAAUACCAAAAACUGGGCAAGACUGCUGUUGUGGCUGGCCAGGUGGUGGUAACAAAAGGUACAAAUAACAUGAGUAUUCAAUUUAUUAACUGUAUGUACAUCGUAUCUGCUAUUGAAACAGCAGUUUUGUACUGACAUUAAUUCACCAUUGGGUAUUUUACAGCAAAUGGCCCUCAAUAAACUUGGGGAUAUCUUCAUUCUUGUACCCUAAUAGUCCAAGUGAUAUCCUGUGAUGUCUGUGGACAGUGGUUCCACCAUGUAUGUGCUGGAAGACCAAAACCGGAGGAGAAAUUUGUAUGUGCGGCAUGCUGACUGACAAGAAGUUUUUGAAAUGGCAGUCAGCGCCAGUGUCAGCUUGAUGAUCAUAUAUGAGGAUGAGGCGGUGGACGUUCACUACGCAGACGGCUCCCGCCUGCAGCUGUCGCCGUGUGGCAGUGAGUUCAUGCUGCUGAAAGCCCCGGACCCGUCCGGCCACCCCCUGCAGGGCGCACAGACUGUCCGACAGAGGACCAGGUUCACCAUCAGCACCUACAAGGAGCUGUUGAUAGCUGCACUGGUUUUCAGGAAUAAGUAUGCCACUCGACCCUACCUACCAGAGGAACUCAUCCCUGCUGAUCAUAGAAAGCCUUUCUUCAGUAUUGAUUCAGAUGUGGAGUGGCCUGAGCCGUCCUCCUGCCAUGCCGAGUUUGGACCCGGCGGUGAAACCAUCAUCAGCUCAGUGGAGGGCAGGGCCACUCUGACGUUGUCCUCCUCAGGGGAAGACUUCUCCGUGGAGCUCGGGUGCAGCCUCAGUCGGCCUGGCAGUCAGCACCAGAGGGAGCCUGGUCAUGUAGGGCAACCCGAUGGCAGGGCUGUCAGUCAGAGAGACAAAGCUGGCUGCCUUCAGGCCACCGAUGAUGAAACCAGCGAGGUUCAGAGGAGAAGAACUAGAAAUAAAGAGCCAAUCAGAGCAAGGUCUUGUUCUCCUCAGAUGAACGGCCACGGCCCAGCUCAAUCCAAGCCAGAGGACAUAUACCAGUCCACCACAGUGGUCCAGCAUCACUCCUGCUGUGAUGUUGCCCCCUUGUGGCGGUAUCCUCUCUCCCUGGCUCUCCAUCACUGGAGCCAUCGCCUCUCCAAGCCUCUUGCAGACAUCGGAGCAGAGGGAGCCACAGAUUGCAGCCAGGCACACAGGCGGAUCAACAUGACGGAUGUACCCAGUGAGGAGAGAAAGUCUCAUCUUCCUGAGGCACUGCCUCUCUCGUGUCCCUCACCUCAUCAGCACAGGUGGAAGUUUAAAGACCCUCUGGCCAAAAGUGAAGAACCUCUAGACCAGGACCUUCCAAGAGAGUUGGUCAAAGUGAUGUGGUGCCAAGGAGUGACCUACAGGAUACUCAAUGAAGCAAUCUCAGUCAUAGAGGUUUCCCCAGGUGAUGGAUCAGUCAUCCGGUCUAACGGUGCCCUCAACAGUUACUUCACACACCACAAAAGGGAGCUUUGCGCAGGGCAGGUGAAAGAGGUAACAUACCAUCUGAACAGCCUUCCACCUGAUGUACCUGGGCAGCUCUACUCUGUGGCAUCCAUUAUGAAGCGUGCAAGCAGGAUCCUCACUUGCUACAAUCAGGCCAGACUCUCAUUAAAACUCCCCGUCACUCCCAGCUGCUUGCAACAGGACAGACAUUUUUCUGUGCCGGUAAUAUCGAACGAAAACCCACGCAGUUCUCCACCUCUAGAUCAUCAAGUCUCACAGACAGCGCAGAGUCGGGCAAACCUUGUAGCUGUAGAACUGGAGAAGAUAAAACGAUUCAACUUUCUGUUGGAGCACAGUAGUCUGCUUAAAAGUGAGAUGCGUUCUCCAGAACUGGGAUGCAGGUCUACAGAAGGGGAGAGUCGUGGUGAAGCGGUGAAUGAGAGUUGCAUCGCUGACGCUCUCCAGAGAACGUCCAAAGCCAUACAGGACAUUGAUGCUCUUUUAUCAGCCACCACACUCACUUGAAACAGUCCUUGAAAUAAAUGUUUCAGAAGAAGAAAACUUAGUGUUCAGUCGAUUUUCCAGUAUGUCUGUAUGGGAUGCCAAAUGCAACAAAGAAUAUAUGUAUAUUUUCAGGUACAAUUUUCACUUCUUAAAGCUAUCACAAAAUAUUAAUUAUGAAUAAACUUGUUAAUGUUCUCAGAAUUCUUACCUUUUUAAAUGAACUUAAAUAUGAUGGUUAAAUAUGUUAUUACAAAAUAAAAUACCUGAUAAAUGUGUUAACCAUUUCUUCAACACAGACAUUUUCUUACAGUGUUUUGUAAGAAAAUGUCUGUUUUGUUUUUUCCAACAUUUA